AUGACCAAGUACGUGCUCACCGGUGCGACAGGCGGGCUCAGCUCACAGGCACUGCUCUUCCUGCUGCACCUCGUGCCCGCCUCCCACAUCGUCGUCUCGCUGCACAACCCCGCCGGCGCGUCCCCGACGAUCGUCUCCUCCGGCGUCGAGGUCCGCAAGGGCGACUACGCGGACCCCGCCUCGCUGCGCACCGCGUUCGCAGGGGCCGACAAGCUCCUGCUCGUGUCCUACCCGUCCAUCGCGCACGAGCUGCGCGUGCGCAUGCACAAGAGCGCGAUCGACGCCGCGCAGGCCGUGGGGAUUUCUACUACACGAGUCUCGCGUUCGGGUUCGGGGCGCAGCGCGCGCUCCGUCGCGGAGGUGAUGCAGGCGCACCUUGACACCGAAGCGUACCUGAAGCACAGCGGGCUGACGUACACGAUCCUCCGCGAGGGCAUCUACAGCGAGAGCUACCCGCUGUACUUUGGGUACUGGAGCCCGAGCGAGGGCACGGACGAGGUCGUCGUCCCGCACGGAGACGGCGCGAUCGCGUGGGUGAGCCGCCCGGACCUGGGAGACGGCACGGCGAGGAUCAUCGCGGCGGAGAGCGGGUACGAGAAUCGCACGCUGCUGCUGUCCGGCACGCGCGUCGUCACGCUGUCAGCGCUCGCGUCCACGGUCUCCGCCCUCCUCAACCGGCCCGUGCACCUGAAGGUCGUCUCGGAGGGCGAGUACGUCGCGGCGCACACCGGGCGGCCGGGGCCGCGCGGCGAGGCGGGCUUUCUCCGCAAGUGGGCGACGACGUACCGCGCGCUGGGGCGGGGCGAGUGUGCGGUGGCGGACCCGACGCUGAGGGAGAUCAUCGGGAGGGAGCCGACGCCGUUCGAGGAGACAGUGAGGGAGAUGUGGGGCGUCGACGGGGAGGGUGCGGUGGAUCCGUAUGCACGGUGA